UCCUUGAACCAUUUUUAAAUACAACAAACAGAAUCGCUGCUUUACCUUCGUCCCCUAAUCACCACCUAAAUAAAACAUUCGCAUCACACUCCCCUGAGACCAAGAAAAAAUGCUCGUCAACAAAGUUCCCCCCGAAACCCUCACCGUCCCUCCAACAAUACACUCUCCCAAUUCAACCCGUCCAGUCCUCGUCUACAGGGAUGCUUUAGUCGACAAGACGCCCCAAGGUGCUUCAAACGCUAUAGAGAAAAGUGAAUGGGUGUAUGGAGGUCACUGGAAAAUAGCAGAAAAUGCGCUGGCAGCUGUUCCUCAUUACCACUCCAUCACCCACGAGGCGUAUACAGUUCUCCACGGAACAGGAACAUACCGGCUUGGAAAAUCACCCCUCGACCCUGACGUUGAUGGGAAUGGUGAGGAGGUUGGUGUUGUGUUUACUGCUCGCGCGGGAGAUGUCUUUGUGUUCCCUGCUGGGGUCACGCAUUGCGUCAAGAACACCUCGGACAACUAUGAGAUUAUUGGGUGGUAUUCGCUGAAUGAUAGAAAUUCCCGAGAGCAGCCAUGGGAUUACGAGGAAGCACUUGACUCACAGGAGGAAACGGACAGGAAGCGUAUCAUCUGUGAGUCGGUGCCUACGCCGGUUCUUGAUCCCAUUUACGGAAAGGAGGGACAUUUACCUAUUGUCUGGAAACGAGACUGA